AUGUGGUCACUAAAGGCUUCAAUUAUCGUCCAGUUACUCCUGCUUUUUUCUCUCUUCCAAGUACCGCCGGCUCUUGCCAUCAAGAAAUCAUAUAUUGUUUAUUUAGGAUCACAUGCACAUGGCUCUAAAGUUACAGAGGCCGUUCUUGAUCGAGUGACUGAUUCUCAUUAUAAUUUUCUCGCUUCCUUUCUGGGAAGCAAAGAUAAGGCAAAAGAGUCAAUCUUUUACUCCUACAAAUUGCAUAUUAAUGGCUUUGCCGCCAACCUCGAAGAGGAAGAGGCAGCUGAAAUUGCAAAGCACCCAGAAGUGGUAUCGGUUUUCAUAAACCAAGGAAAGAAACUACAUACUACAAGGUCAUGGGGUUUUAUGAGGCUUGAAAAAGAUAAUGGUGAUGUUCCUCAAAUGUCAUUGUGGAAUAAAGCCAAAUUUGGAAAAAAUACAAUUAUAGCAAAUCUUGACACAGGGGUUUGGCCCAAAUCACAGAGCUUUAAUGACAAAGGAUAUGGACCAAUUCCAUCAAAGUGGAAGGGAAUCUGUCAGAACAGUACAGAUGGAUUCUUUUGUAACAGGAAGCUUAUAGGAGCAAGGUACUUCAACAAAGGAUAUGAGGCCUAUGCAGGGAAACUCAACUCCUCCUACAUGAGUGCACUUGACCAUGAAGGUCAUGGAACUCACACUCUGUCCACAGCAGGUGGGAACUUCGUCGCUGGAGCCAGUGUUUAUGGUUCGGGAAAUGGGACAGCGAAAGGUGGUUCCCCUAAGGCUCGAGUUGCGUCCUACAAGGUUUGCUGGCCGCAGAUCGAUAAUGGCGAGUGCUUUGAUGCUGAUAUCAUCGCAGCCGUGGAUCAUGCCAUACAUGAUAGGGUUGAUGUCCUUUCCAUUUCACUUGGUGGAGACCCGGCUGACUACUUUAACGAUGGUCUAUCUAUUGCAGCAUUCCAUGCUGUCAAGCAUGGCAUUGUAGUUGUUUGCUCAGCUGGAAAUUCAGGACCAGAUCCAGGAACUGUCUCAAACGUUGCACCUUGGUUGAUUACCGUGGGAGCUAGUACUUUGGAUAGAGAGUUCCAAGCUUUUGUUGAACUCCAAAAUGGUUUACGCCUCAAGGGAACAAGCCUUUCCAAAGCUUUACCAGAAGACAAAUUCUACCCACUGAUCAAUGGCGCACAGGCUAAAGCAUCCAAUGCUACUGCUUCUGACGCACUACUUUGUAAGCCAGGAACACUAGACCCUACCAAGGCGAAGGGAAAGAUUGUGGCUUGUCUGAGGGGUACCACUGCAAGAGUUGACAAGGGUCAACAGGUUGCUCUAGCCGGAGGAGUUGGACUGAUACUCUGCAAUGACAAUCUCAGUGGAAACGAACUCAUUGCCGACGCUCAUUUCCUUCCAGCAUCCCAAGUAACUUACAAAGACGGUGAAUCUGUUUUUGCCUACAUCAAUUCCACAAGCAAUCCACAAGCCAAGCUCCUGCCCCCGAAUACUCAAAUAAACACAAGGCCUGCUCCAUUCAUGGCUUCUUUCUCUUCUAGAGGCCCCAACACUAUUACUCCUGAGAUCCUUAAGCCUGAUAUAACUGCUCCUGGAGUGAACAUCAUAGCUGCAUACAGUGAAGACACAAGCCCAACGGGCCUAGAUUUUGACAAGCGAAGAAUUCCUUACAACACCGAAUCAGGCACAUCCAUGGCUUGCCCUCACGUCUCUGGAGUCGCUGGCCUUCUCAAAACCCUCCACCCCCAUUGGAGCCCAGCCGCAAUUCGAUCUGCAAUCUUCACAAGUGCAAGAACCAGAGACAACACCCCUAAUCCCAUGCAAGAAGCUUCGAAAGCGAAGGGAACCCCAUUCAGCUACGGCAACGGUCAUAUCAGACCAAACAGAGCCAUGGACCCGGGGUUGGUGUACGACUUGAGCACCAAAGACUACCUAGACUUUCUGUGCGCUAGCGGGUACAACCAGACCAUGAUUAAGCUUUUCUCCGAGAAGCCGUACAAGUGUCACAAAAACGUCAGCGUUUUGAACCUCAACUACCCAUCCAUAACGGUGCCGAACCUGUCCGGUUCAGUGACCGUGACACGGCGAGUGAAGAACGUGGGGUCCAAUGGAAAUGGAACAUACUUGGCCUUUGUCCGGGAACCGGUGGGAGUGUCAGUGUCGGUUGAGCCCAAAAGCUUGGUAUUCGGGCAUCAUCACGAGGAGAAGAGCUUCAGAGUUACCCUUAAAAACAAGGGAUACCGUUUAAAAGGGUAUGUUUUUGGACAGUUGACUUGGACCGAUGGAAGCCACUACGUUAGAAGUCCCAUUGUAGUUUCGCCAGUCCACUCUUCUUAGAGCCUUCAAAUUUAGGGUGAAGGUUAGGAAUUCAGUUUUUGGAUUCAAUUCUUUCAAGUUUUUGAAUUGGAUUUGAAAUAAAUACAACAUGUUUUGUUCUUUGUUAUAUCUAUUAAAAAAAUGAAUAGUUGGUAUUUCAUAAUUUUUAAGA